AUGUCACCCCACAGUCUUCAGUUUCUCCUUUUUCCUCUCACAGAUUUGCAACUCUCGGACUUCAGCUGGAAGAAUGAAGCUAACAAAUAUGAUCACCACACAGACAAGUACUACAGUAAUGAGCUGAUCACCAGGAGGGGCCAGCCCUUUAAACUCAGUGUUUCCUUCAACAGACCUAUGUCCUCUGGGGAUAAGGUGACCUUCAUAGCCUCCACAGGUCCAAACCCCUCUGAAUCAGCCCGGACCAGAGCUGUGAUUCCUUUGACCACUAGGCCAAGUGGCAACCCCUGGAAUGCAAUAUUCUUGAGCAACGACGGCAGCUCAAUAAGCCUCACCAUCACCAGUCCACCCAAUGCUCCUAUUGGUCGAUACACACUUACCCUUCAGAUUGCUUCUCAAGGUGGAUACACCACCACCAAUCUGGGGACAUGGGUUCAGCUGUUUAACCCCUGGCUAGAAGUGGAUGCCGUGUUCAUGAUGAAUAAUGCAGAGAGAGAAGAAUAUGUGGAGGAAGAUGCCGGGAUCAUAUACGUAGGGAGCACAAAUCGAAUCAACAUGGUUGGCUGGAAUUUUGGACAGUUUGAAGAAGACAUUCUGAACAUUUCCCUCCAGAUCCUAGACAGGAGCCUCAACUUUCGCCGUGACCCUGUCACUGAUGUGGCCCGAAGAAAUGACCCUAAAUACAUUGGCCGAGUGCUGAGCGGCAUGAUCAAUGGCAAUGAUGACAAUGGUGUGCUAUCUGGGAACUGGAGUGGUGAUUACACUGGUGGCAAGGACCCUCGGAACUGGAAUGGCAGUGUGGAGAUCCUGAAGGAAUGGAAGAAAAAUCGUUUCCAGCCUGUCCGCUUUGGCCAGUGUUGGGUCUUUGCUGGGACCCUGAAUACAGUGCUUCGGUGUUUGGGGAUUCCUGCCCGGGUGAUCACCAACUUUAAUUCAGCCCAUGACACAGACCGUAACCUGACCAUCGAUGUCUACUAUGACUCUCUAGGAAACCCGUUAGACAAAGGCAGUGACAGCAUCUGGAACUUCCAUGUCUGGAAUGAAGCCUGGUUUGUUCGAACUGACUUGAACCAAGCAUAUAAUGGAUGGCAAGUGUUGGAUGCAACUCCACAGGAGAGGAGUCAAGGAGUGUUCCAGUGUGGUCCUGCUUCUGUCAUUGCUGUCCGGGAAGGUGAUGUGAACCUGGAUUUUGAUAUGCCCUUUGUGUUUUCGGAAGUGAACGCUGACCAGGUCACCUGGAUUAUGGGCCCUGGUGACAACAAGAGGCAAACUUCCUCUAAAACCAGUUCUGUGGGCAGAUUCAUCAGUACAAAGGCCGUGGGCAGCAAUUCCCGCAUGGAUGUCACAGACAGAUACAAAUAUGCUGAAGGUUCCAAAGAGGAGAGGGAGGUGUUCAAGAAGGCUCUGGAAAAAAUGAAGCCCAGUUCUGGGGCUUUCGGCCCCACAGCAGCUGGGGCAGGAAGCGGAGGAGGGAAGCCACCCAGCAUCUCUGGGAAGUUCAGGGUCAUCGGCGGUCUGGAAGUAGGGAAGGAGGUCAACCUGGGCCUGCAGCUCAAAAACCUGACUGAAGACUGGAAGACUGUCACGGUGAACAUGACAGCCUGGACCAUUGUGUACAACGGCACUCUGGUACAUGAGGUGUGGAAGGACUCCAUUACAGUUUCUCUGGACCCUCAAGAAGAGAUGGAGUAUCCACUGAGGCUCACAUACGCUCAAUACAAAAACUUCUUGACAGCAGACAACAUGAUCCGCAUCACCGCUGUGUGUAAAGUUACAGAUGAGGCCCAGGUCGUGGUAGAAAGAGAUGUCAUCUUGGACAACCCUGCCAUCACUCUGGAGUUGCUGGACCAGGCCAGAGUGAAGACGCCUGUAAAUGUGAGGGUUCUGUUUGCCAACCCUCUGGAUGAACCAGUGGAUAAUUGUGUGCUCACAGUGGAAGGCAGUGGUCUCAUGCGGGGCAACCUCAAGAUUAGGGUGCCAUCCCUACGUCCUAAGGAACGCUCCAACUUCAAGUUUGAGAUCACCCCCCUCAGAAGUGGCACCAAACAGCUACUCAUUGAUUUCUCCUGCAGCAAGUUCCCAGCAAUCAAGGCCUUCCUGUCUGUCGAUGUGACCGAAUGA